CCAUUCCAAUGUCUGUGUGAUAUUAAAGCAGGGUGCAGCAACAUUACUACAAGAGCAUGACUGUAAAGACAGAGGGCGUGUGUAACACGGAAUCAUAGUCGUUGGCAUCGAAUGACAAAAACAAGUUAAUGACGUUGAUAGGAACGCUUACUGUAAUGUAGACGGGGCAGCCUUAAGGACUUCUCUCAAAGAGUGAGGAUAGCGCAUUGCCCGGAUACCUGGAGGAGCUGCUUUGGAUAGCUCAUCUAUUGACGGAAUUUAAAAACACCGGCAAUACUUUAGCAACACCAGGGACGGAAACCAUGGACAACAGUCCAGGUGGAGGAGUGAUACUCUAUGCAGGAUCUACUGGAAGCCCCAGUCCAGGAAGCCCCUCCAGUGGGUACCAGACCCAGUCUCCAUCCUCUCAGCCCUCAUCCCCAGAGGAGGUCUCCUUCACGGAGCUUGGCACCCUUACAAAAAGUCCAACAAGAAUCAUUGGAGGCAAUAAACUGGUUUUUCAAUUUCCUGAGGUGAGCAGUGAUGCUGCCAUCAACCCUGUUGCGCCAACCCUUACAUCAUCAGUGCAAAAUACAUACUCCCACCCCCUUGUUGGCAGGAGACCCUGUGGGUUCAUGGGUGCCUUUACCAAAACAGGUGGCAUGGUGUUGCUUUGCAAAGUAUGUGGGGAUAUUGCAUCAGGAUUUCACUAUGGUGUUCACGCAUGUGAGGGCUGUAAGGGUUUCUUUCGCCGCAGUAUCCAGCAGAACAUCCAUUACAAGAUGUGUGUAAAGAAUGAGAACUGUUUGAUUAUGAGGAUGAACCGUAAUCGUUGUCAGCACUGUCGCUUUAAGAAGUGUCUCUCUGUCGGCAUGUCCAGAGAUGCGGUGCGGUUCGGACGCAUUCCAAAGCGCGAGAAACAACGACUGCUGGACGAAAUGCAAAGUUACAUGAACAGUCUCAAUGAAUCAGCAUCCAUGGACUGUACCAUGCCCACAGACACCCCCACCAGCCCGAGAGACGGCCAAUCAGAAGAAGCCAUCUCACAAGCUUAUCGCGAUAUCUUUGCGAACGAGGAGAAAUUUGUGAAGAUCAGCAAUGACGAUAUCAAUAAUAACAAUCCUUUUGGCUACACUGAGUCUCACACUCAGUCCACAACAAGCUGCCUCACCCAAUCCAGAUGCCCCACUGCCAGCCACGACAACAAACCAGCAGCCCACUUUAUCGACAACAGUCAUUAUCAUUUUCCACUGUCCUCCAGUCCAAGCCAGGGAACCGCCCCACCUCAUAGCUGUCUGUCCAAUCACAAUGAUUAUUCCUCUCAGAUGUCUUGUCCGUGGAGACCGAGUCCAAGCGCUAAAGUUUUGGCAUGUCCUCUCAAUGCUUGGCCCAUCUCAUCAGCCAGGUGCUCAAGUCAGCAGGUUUGGGUGGCGUUUUCACAGUGCUUUACUCCAGCUGUAAAAGAAGUGGUGGAAUUUGCCAAGGGCAUCCCAGGGUUUUGGGCCCUGAGCCAACAUGAUCAGGUCUUGCUGCUAAAGGCAGGAACCUUUCAGGUUUUAACAGUGAGGUUCUGUUCACUGUUUGAUGCAAAGGAACGCACUGUAACAUUCCUAAAUGGUCAGACGUACCCGCUGGCAUCACUGCGAGCCCUCGGCAUGGGCGGUCUUCUGGAUGCUAUGUUUGAGUUCAGCCAGAAGCUGGGGAACAUGAAUUUGGGGGCAGACGAGGUGGCACUCUUCAUGGCUGUGGUGCUGGUAUCUGCAGAUCGUUCAGGUGUUUCAGACGUGGGGGCUGUAGAACAGCUUCAGGAGGAUUUGAUAGGUGCUCUUCGCUCUCUUAUUACACAAAGAAGACCAGAUGACAGCUCGCUGUUUCCCAAGCUCCUGCUCUGUCUACCUGACCUCCGUACUCUCAAUAGCCAUCAUUCAGAAAAACUCCUCGCUUUUCAUAUUGACCCCUGAUCAGAGACCUGAACAAUAUACUUUCAUUAAACAAAUAAGCCAUGUGUUACGCCGCACAAACAUCUGGCUUUGACACAGCCAUCUCACACCUACUCCGCCACACGAUAAAAACCAACAUGCCAGUAUUGUAAAAGAAGAAGAACAGAAAUCAAGAAUCAGAAUGGUACAUUUGUUCGACAUUGUAUUUUCAGGAGAUACAUUAUUUCAUUAAGAUACAUGAAAACAGAAGUUAUAUACAUUUUUUAUAUCAUAAUAUACAGUAUGAAAUGGACAGUUCAGAUUAUGUGAUGAGGGUUGUUUAUAUAACCACUAAAGUAACUAUAACCAUUAUGAAGACAUUUCUCACUCCAGAUGCUAUGCAGUUAUCAUUAUAUUUUCAACACAUAAUACAUAAUAGUUCUUAUAUUUCAUCAUCAGCAUUGGACCCUUUCAAUGCAAAACUUCAUUUAGAACAUUCCAUUUAUGGAACUUUAUAAAUAUUAUUUUUAUUGAUGGCUGUAAAAACCUCGGUGGUUAAAGAAAAUGUAAUAUAUUUGCAAUAUCCAAUACUUUCUUAUAACCGUAUGCAGUAAGAUCAGCCAUUAUCAGUUAAGGAAAAUGAGUUGUGUAAUUAAAAGAGGCCAAAUAUU